UUCUGAACAUCAAGCACCAUCAGUUUUGUAAAUAUUUCAGCAAAACUACACUGUAAUGCGAAUACCAAUAUUUGUUAUUGAACACCCGAGGGACAGUUCCACCUUUUGGAGUCUAUUUUCAGCGUGAAUGAAAGAAAACAUCGCUUUUGAGAUCAGGGUAGCAGCAGAUGAUGAUGAUGGGUGUUAAAAUUAGUCUCUUCUUUGCUGUCUAACGUUAACAGCUAACGCUGCCGUGAACAUCAUCGGUAUAAGUGUUUUUUACUGGUGAAUUUAUAUUUAAUUUGAGCAAUGGUUGUUUCUAACCGAUUCAGUGCGCAGGGCUAAAUGUUCGUGGAUUAACGUUAACGUUAGGUCAACCUAGUUCCUUUCUUUAACAGUCUCAAGAGUUAACUUAACAUGUUCGUUUAAAGCCAAGAAGCAAUCUCUGACAGAUUGCUGUUCUUAGCUCGCUAGCAAACUCGGUAACAUUCGCCUUGAGGUCGGGGAGAAAACGACCAUGUCGCAGACUACCCUUCUCGAGGAGGUUGAGCAGUGGAGCCUUGACACCUGCAAAAAUGAGCUGAAGACAGUGCUGCCCAAGCUCGUCUCAAUUCAUUGUCUCACUGAUAGUUGGACAGAUCACAUACGUGUACUGAGGAUAAUCCUGGACAUGUUUCUUCCACAUUUACGUCUGUCUGAACUGGAGGAGGAGUGCUUUUCUAAAGUUCUACCAAAGGUGGUGGGAGUAUUUGGUAAUUUGAUGGAUGAAAUCUCCAGUCAAGUCAGUGGGCUGUCCAGUCAGAACACCGAGCUGACCGCCUCACUGAGGAACAUUCUUCAGGUGAUGGUACAGACACUUGAAGCAGUGGCUAUGUGUGUGAGGCAUGUGUGUGCCCUGGAAGGUGUCUCCCGUCUGUCUGAAGUGCGUUCUCUCCCCUCCUGUGUCCUCUACCUCCUCAGAAACACUUUCCAGCACUGCAAGGAGAGUGAGGUCAUGUACAGUGGACGUCUGUCUUUGGUCGGGGAUCUGCUGCAGGCACUUUUCAAGGAGGCCUACAAUCUGCAGAAAGGCCUAAUAGAGCUACUGGACCACAUCAGCCUACGUGAUGAAGACGUCUCCGACAUUGUUACAGUGAUUCACAGUCUUCUGGACAUUUGCUCCAUCAUUUCCAGCCUGGACAUGGCCCUGCAUGCCAACACCUGGAAAUUCAUCAUCAAACAAAGUGUGAAAUACCAGUCUCUGGUGGAGGAGCACUUGCGCCAUGUUGACAUCACGUCCUGUUUGUGUGCGGACCUCCAAGGCUCUCUAAACGGCUGCUUGGAAUUAGCAGAACAAAUCAAACAUGAAGGAUUAAAGGCACACAGCCCAGAAGUCAAGCUGUUUCAGAAAAGUAUGAAGAUGUGCCGCUUCUUUGCCAACACUCUGGUCCACUAUGUCAAGGAAUUCAAAGACUUUAUGGCUGCAUCCUGCCCACGGCUUCACCUGCUCUUCCUCCAGAUCCACAGUAAAUUCCCACCCUGUCUUGGAGCUCCCUCGCUUCCUCCUGCAGUAAGUGAAGAGUUGAGUGGCGCAGUGAUUGUUGCCAUGGAUGCGCUCCUGACCCAGCUCCUCGCCUUCCGCCCGUUUGCUGAGAGCGUAUUGGCUGAGCACCAGAGCUGCAGUGGGGACAGCGCUCUGGCCCACUGCCUGCUGCUGGUCAGUGUGGUGGUGCAGCUCUCCUCCCAGCCAGAUGGAACACUGCAGCUGUGGUGCGAGGGCAGUCGCUUCCCAGAGGACACACUCAGGCUGAGUGUGUUUGACGCGGUGUUCCAGAGUUUCGGCCGGUGCACGCUGGAGCGGGCGUGGCCUGUGCGGUUGCCCGGGGUGAUGCUGCGUGGCCAGGCCCAGGGCGCCGUGAGCCUGCACCAGCACGUGUGCGUGCAGCUCUGUGCCUGUGUGGCUGCUCUGCCAGCCCCACAGCUCCCCCCGCUGGAGCGCUCGCUGUUGCGGGCUCUGCUGCAGCCUGAUGCACAGACAGCUUUGCUGGCUGCAGAUGUCUGGUGUUUCUUGGCACGAUACGGAACGGCAGAGUUGUGCCUGCAGCACGUGGUUCUUGUGGCCGACCUGGCCAAGUCAUGUCCUGAGGAGGCUCCCCAGCGGAGCCACCUGUCCCUGCUGCUGAGGCGCAUGCUGUUCCUCAUGACCCCUGCACACCAGAUGGAGCUGCUGGAGCGGUUCCCCGUGUCUCAGGAGGAGAACGUGCGCGUGUGGGGUCACCUGCUCCUGCGUUCGCUGGCCCCAGAUGUGCGUGCGCGCCUGGAGCAGGGCCUCGCCGCCACAGCCGCCUCCGUGGUGGCCGACUGGCAGAAGGACGGCUGCAGACUGGGCAGAGUGGACAGAGUGAACGGGGUGCUGUGGGGCCUGAAGGUGGUGGUGAGGGUGGAGGUCCCAGAGGCAGAGUGUGUGUCGGCCGUUCUCACCAUCCUCACGCAGCUGUGGUCCCGCAUGUGUGCCAGCCAGGUUCAGAAGCACGGCCCUCUUCAGCAGACUGUGUGUCUGCUCCUCUCCCUCUCGGCCUGCCUGGUCAAGAGGCUGGAGCCUCACACCAUCUCUCAGGCGGUUUCCUGUUUGAGCGCGCUACUUCCCCUGAAGGCCCUCGAUGAGGUCACCCUGGCUGCGCUGGAGUUCCUGGCUGCCCUAGGGAGUGUUUUCAUCCCCUCUGAUGUACAGCCUGUGGUGUUGCCUCGGCUCAGUGCAGUGUUCGGCGCCCUGCUGGCCUCGGACUCCUGGCUCCUCCACCAGCAUGCCCUGGAGGCCUUUGGCGUCUUUGCAGAGGUUACAAAUCAUGAAGAGGUCAUCUCCCAAGGCUUGACCUCAGAGGAGACUAAAACACGAGUGGUCAACUUCCUUAGCAAGACGGUGGUGGGGGAGGAACAGACGGAGGCUCGUCUGGAGCGUCUGAGGGCGGACAGCGCGGUGUUGGACACACACACCAGGGCUCUGGAGAGCGGACAGACACACGCACACACACACGGGAAGGGAGAGGAGCAGCCACAAGAUGAACCGAACACACAUACUGCCGAGAGAGGACCGGAGUCGCAAGGAGACGCUACAGUUGAGCCGUGUGCGAAGCGGCCUCGCCAGGAGUGCGUGCGCUGGGAGGAGGCAGAUGUCCACCUGCAGGCGGCCGAAGGCGCUCUGAGGGCUCUGCAGGCACUAGCGGCCGCCGCCACCACCGCGGGCACUCCACACUCCUCCUCCUCACCGCCGCAGUGGGUGCUGACGCGCCUGCAGGAGCUCCAAACGCUCAUCACACACAUCAGCAAGCAAGCGGAAGAGGGCACCUAACACACACACACUCUGAACACUUGGGACAACAAGCAGUCAGUGAGCACAACUCACUAAUACAGACAUGGACCCCAAACAACAUCAGUAUAUAAGGACCCAAAUUUGAACUGUUUUUUUUUUUUAAACACACCCACUGAAGUGGAAGCUGCAGUCACCUACAGGCAGUCAUGUGUCAACACACCCACGUCGAUAUGUGGUUUUAACAGCUUUCACACAAGUUUCCACCACAACAUACAGACCUCAGUCUGGGUAAAGGCUUUAACACAUGGGAUUUUACUGGACAAAACAUGCAGACCUCUGGUUAAGCUAUCACAUAUCAUUCUGUGGAGACCAAUUCUGUUAAAUGUGGAAAGGGGUUAACUUUUGAUUUCUAUUCAGAUGUUAAU